GCAACAUGGCAGCAGCCAUGGAAACUGAACAGCCGGGCCUUGAAAUCUUUGAAACUGCGGGCCGUGAGGAGCAGGUCCAGAGAGGGGAGCAGCCAAAACUGGAACCUUUCUAUGUAGAGAGACAUUCCUGGAGCCAGCUUCGGAAACUGCUCACAGAUACGCGGAAGUAUCAUGGGUACAUGAUGGCAAAAGCCCCUCACGACUUCACAUUUGUGAAGAAAAAUGAUCCUGAAGGACCUCAUUCCGAUAGGAUCUACUAUCUGGCAAUGUCUGGGGAGAACAGAGAGAAUACGCUCUUCUACUCUGAAAUUCCCAAAACCAUAAACAAAGCUGCCGUCCUGUUGCUUUCCUGGAAGCCUCUUUUGGAUCUUUUUCCGGCCAUCCUGGACUACGGGAUGUACUCUCGUGAAGAGGAGUUGCUACGGGAGAGGAAGCGAAUUGGCACCAUUGGGAUUGCCUCUUAUGAUUACCACCGAGAAAGCGGUACCUUUCUGUUUCAGGCUGGGAGUGGAAUUUAUCACGUAAAAGAUGGAGGCCCUCAUGGAUUCACUCAACAGCCUUUAAGACCCAUUCUGGUAGAGACCAGUUGUCCAAAUAUCCGUAUGGAUCCCAAGCUUUGUCCAGCUGAUCCAAAUUGGAUUGCAUUUAUCCAUAGCAAUGACAUAUGGAUAUCUAAUAUAGAAACCAGAGAAGAAAGGAGGCUAACAUUUGUGCACAAUGAACUGGCCAAUGUUGAGGAGGAUCCAAAAUCUGCUGGUGUGGCUACGUUCGUGCUGCAGGAGGAGUUUGACAGAUACACUGGCUACUGGUGGAGCCCAAAGGCACAGCCAACACUGAAUGGGGGUAAAGUUCUUCAAAUUCUUUAUGAAGAAAAUGAUGAGUCAGAGGUGGAAAUUAUUCAUGUCACAUCGCCCAUGCUGGAGACAAGAAGAACAGAUUCCUUCCGGUACCCCAAAACUGGUACAGCAAAUCCAAAGGUCACUUUCAAGAUAUCUGAAGUGACAAUCAAUGUGGAAGGCAGAAUUGCAGAUGUUGUGGAUAAAGAGCUAGUUCAGCCGUUCGAGAUCCUCUUUGAAGGAGUAGAGUACAUUGCUAGAGCUGGGUGGACGCCAGAAGGAAAAUACAUCUGGUCCAUUUUACUGGAUCGCUCCCAAACUCGACUUCAGAUAGUCUUGAUCCCUCCUGCAUUAUUCAUCCCCACAGAAGAUGAUGCAAUGGAAAGACAGAAACUUAUCGAUGCUGUACCAGAUUCUGUUACACCUUUCAUUAUUUAUGAAGAAACAACAGACAUCUGGAUAAAUAUCCAUGAUAUCUUCUAUGUUUUCCCUCAAACCCAUGAAGAUGAGAUAGAGUUCAUUUUUGCCUCUGAGUGUAAAACAGGAUUCCGGCACCUAUACAAAGUCAUCUCGGUUUUGAAGGAGAGCAAGUAUAAACGGUCGUGUGGAGGCCUCCCUGCUCCAAGUGACUUCAAGUGUCCCAUCAAAGAGGAGAUAGCAAUUACCAGUGGAGAAUGGGAAGUGCUUGGCAGACAUGGAUCCAAUAUCUAUGUUGAUGAAGCCAAAAAAGUGGUGUACUUUCAAGGCACAAAAGACUCACCUUUAGAGCAUCACUUGUACGUUGUUAACUACGAGAAUCCUGGAGAAGUAAAGCGGCUGACAGAAUGUGGUUACUCUCACUCCUGCUGUGUCAGCCAGGAUUGUGACAUGUUCAUCAGCAAGUACAGUAAUCAGAAGAACCCACACUGUGUGUCACUUUACCGGCUGACAGGACCUGAAGAUGAUGCAGCUCAUAGGACAAAGGAAUUCUGGGCUACCAUUUUAGAUUCAGCAGGCCCUCUUCCUGAUUACGUUCCCCCAGAAGUGUUCUCCUUCGAGAGCUCCACAGGGUUUACGCUCUAUGGGAUGAUGUACAAACCUCACAAUCUGCAACCUGGAAGGAAGUACCCCACUGUGCUCUUCAUCUAUGGAGGGCCACAGGUACAGCUAGUGAACAAUCGGUUUAAAGGAAUCAAGUAUUUCCGUUUGAACACUUUGGCAUCUUUAGGCUAUGUCGUUGUUGUCAUUGACAACAGGGGGUCCUGCCACCGAGGGCUGAAGUUUGAAGGAGCCUUUAAAUACAAAAUGGGACAAAUAGAAAUUGAUGACCAGGUGGAAGGGCUGCAGUAUUUAGCAUCGCAGUAUGACUUCAUUGAUCUGGAUCGUGUUGGCAUUCAUGGCUGGUCCUAUGGAGGCUACCUCUCUCUUAUGGCUUUAAUGCAGAGGUCAGAUAUCUUCAGGGUUGCCAUUGCUGGAGCACCCGUCACGCUGUGGAUUUUCUACGACACUGGUUACACAGAGCGUUACAUGGGCCACCCAGAUCACAACGAGCAGGGGUAUUACCUAGGUUCGGUGGCCAUGCAAGCUGAGAAGUUUCCUUCUGAACCAAACCGUUUGCUGCUGCUACAUGGAUUCUUGGAUGAGAAUGUUCACUUUGCACACACUAGUAUUUUGCUCAGCUUUUUAGUGAGAGCUGGGAAACCAUAUGACUUACAGAUCUACCCUCAGGAGAGACACAGUAUAAGGGUACCCGAGUCGGGAGAGCACUAUGAACUCCAUCUACUGUAUUACCUGCAAGAGAAUCUGGGCUCUCAUAUUGCUGCCCUGAAGGCAAUGUAAUUGACCUGUGCAGAACUCUGCUCCGCUGGCUGCUUUACUGAACAAGGAGAUGUAGGAAACUAGAGAAAAUAGGAUGGAACAUUGCAUUUUGGUGCCUGCCACAUGUACACACAUGUACACACACACACACAGAGACACUUUUUUUAAAGUAAAUUUGGUGCCAUACAGGAAAUUAAAGUACGGUGACCUAAUAACUUUAAAGCUUAGGAUGUAAAUAAAAUCAAAUGUCUGUGGUAUAAUGCAGUACCAUGGGUGUUCUCUCGCGGGGGGAGUUGAAACUGAAAAUAACGUACUUCUACAGCACCAGAUCUUCACUUUUUAAAAGCGUUAUGACAUAAUUGAUGUAUUUUUACAGUGUGUUCCUUGGUAUCUUAUUAAAUAAUACUGGAUGAUUUACUCACUACACAGCAAGAGUUUACCUAAAUGGUUACAACUUGUAUUACAUUUUAAAUGCUAUCAUAUAGCUUUUAUGCUUCAUGAAAGGGAUGUGUCUCACUUCUUAGAAGCUGGUCACAAGUUAGACACAUCACCUAUCUAGAUGUUAAUUGUUUUUUAAGAAGAAAGACUUUUAAGCUGCCUCCUAAAGAAUUUAAAUUUGGGAUUCAGUUCAGUUGAUGCCAGGUUCUUUUCAAUGAUUUCUUCUCUCCCCAGGAUAAAUCAUACUCUUUUUUUUUUUUUCUUUCAGCAGCUUGAGAUCCUAUCCUGAUUGUACUUGGUUUCAGUGGGGAAGUGAAAUGAUAUGUUACUGUGAUAUGGACAUAAUAAUCUUUUAUUCUGAGAUGCAAACUAACUUAAGUCAAAGAGCUGAAACUUCAUAAAUUUUAAAACAAGCUUAAAAGUGCAGCCCAUUUCUCAUUGACAUUCUUCCCUGAUGUUCGUUCUGGAGCUGGUUUUGCAAUACUGUUUUUGCCGUCACAUCAGCAUGAUAUAGGUAUAUGCAUCCUCUUACAAUUUUAAAAUUCAAUACUCUAAUUCAAAGGUCUGCAGAGGAUUUAGUGAGGAGAGACCUUACGAACACUACAUGUGAGGCAAUAUUGAAUUUCAUGCUUUAUUUGAGGGACUAUUUUCCAGGCUCGUACUCUGUUCAGUCCUCCAUUCCUGGGUCCUUUCUAGCACUCCUGCGUAGCAUGGUUAUGAUGCUGUAUUUGAGAAACCCCCUUCUGUACAGCUUAAGGUAACCCCGCUAAGCCUAAAGGAUAUGCAAUCCCAGUUGUGUUUUUGCUAGUGAGGUUUUAACUAAGCAGCAGGCUUGGCUAAAAAGCAUCAUGAGUGUGUGAAGUCACUUUAACUUGCAACAGGUCGUUUAAGAUAGAAAUCCAUAGCAAAAUGAUUCUCUUUAAUCCAGGAAAUUCUCCCCUUGGGGCUUGUCUCUGAAACUCCUAUAAGUUUUAAUGGUUUUCUUAGAAACCUAAGAACUUCCUUUUCUUUCUGUUUUGGUGCUAGAGAGAAACAGAGCAUGAUUUUCUUUUCAUCUUCUAAAAAUCUGGAAUCACUCUCAGUGUUUAUGCUCUUAGUACUCCACAUGUUGUAACCUUGUAUUUUCCUCGCUUUUGUACCGUUCAGCUUGAUCCUGAAACUCUGGGAUUUAACACAAUCUGGCUGUAUUGUAUCAAACCGCAUCGUUUUUCAGUUAGGCUGCUGGGCAUGUGCACCAAAGCUGUCGGAGCUGGUGCAGUUACGCGGUUGUAAAAUCUGUGUGUGAGAACAGGAUCUGUUUUUCGGGUUGCACAAAAGAUAGGCAAAGCAAACAGGCAUGCAGUAAAUGCAAAUUUCCUCCGAGGGGAGGAUGUUUGGUUUGGGCUGUUUUCUGGUUUUCAGAUCACGGUGAUUAUAAGUGGAUCAGUUAAAGUAGCAUUAGGAGGUCAAUAACAAGCUUACAGUUUUAUUUUGGGAAGGGCAUGGCAGGGAAGGAGCCCAGCUCCUAUAAUGUCUUCUCUUAGUAGUUCAUUGUUGUGGCUGAAGGGAACGCAGCAUCCCUAUGGAGUGUGCUAUAGUCAGUAUUGAGAGACGAGUAAGCGUGCUGAUACAUUUGAACUAGAACAACACGGCAGUGAGUAGAGACAAGUAUAAGUUGUUACUAUGGAAUUCCAUUGUGUUCCUUAUGUGUUUAUGCUGUAUUAUAUAUACAUAUAUCUAUAUCUGUUCAUAUAUACAGAUAUGUAUAAAAUUACACGUGGAUAGUAUCACCUUUUCCAAGGUUGUUUAUAUUUUGUUCAAUAUUAAAUUAACUUGCUUUUUGGGGUGUUUUAGUUCUUUUUCUAUAGGUGAUUACCCUUGAAUGUAAAUGUAUAUGAUUUUUAAGACGAAAUUGAUCCUUUUGUUUAAAAAACAUAACAAAAAUGGCCUUCAUCAAACAGUGCUUUUUUGGAAACUGAAGAGCUAUAUGUUAUGCAAGUAAACCAGGCUAGGUUUUGAUUUAGCACAGGAUGUGAUUAUAAGUGCUGACAUACAACUUUUUAAUAAUGCAUCCUUCCAUUGUUUUAAAUAUAUAUAUGUCAAAAAGCUAUUAAAUUACAACGUUCUUUAGGUACUCUAUUUUGCAACAUAAAUUAUGUAUUUCUUUCUUUCCUACAUUUUUUUUUUUCUUUUUACAGUAGUUAAGCACUUUAAGACCCCAUGCUCUCUUAUCCUGUGGAAAUGCUGGGAGGAUUUAUCAUCAGAGUUCUGUAGUUCUUGCAAAAGACACCUGCUUGUAGGUGAAGGUGUGAGAGAUGCCUUAUAUGAGGUCUGAUCCAGCCCUACGCAGUCAAUGACUAAACUCCCAGUGACACGGGAAGAAGGGAAAAGCCUGUUGCAAUUGCAACUGCAGAGGUAGGAAGGUGUUCGUGCUGAGGACCGUUGCAUCAGUAUUUUGGCGGGGAGCAGUAGUCCUGCACCUCGUAUGGUGAAGUGUUGGUCCAGCACUGGACCAGAGCUGGCAUGGAGUGGUGGUUUUGCCCUGCUCUGUGCCACUGGAGUCGCCUGCUCCAGGAUGAGGGCGUACCUUGCAGUCCAGGAGAUGGUACUGUCACUCAAGAAGAGAUUUCCAGCCUGUUUGAUAUUUGGGAUUAUACUUUGUCACUUCCUGCAUGUUAAAAAAAGUCUUGGUUAAUGUGAGUUUUAAGCAGAACUGAGAUCCUGGGGGAGCACGUGCAAGGGAGGUUGUCCGUGGAGCAAAACCGUGUGAGGAGGAACCGUCCCUGUUGCUCCCAAAACAGACAUUAGUAUGUCCCUUUGGGGGAUCUUCUGCCUUCAGCAGAGGUCUGCUCUGUGCCCAGCAGGACACCUGCUCUGAGCAGGAGCAGGAUUGAGCCUUCGUUGCAUGGUGGACAUUAGUUGCACAGGUGUCUGAGAUAAAUGUUUUAAUUUCAUAUAUUUUAAAAAAUAUGUAUGAAAUAUGGGGAUCUGAGUGAUGAGAUACUGAAGUUGUUGAGUGUUGAUGCCAGCAGUUUCUUCUCGUUUGCAGCAGUUGAGGUUGGUUGUGCUUGUUUCUGAUGGAAGCACACUCUUUUGCCCUGUUUUAAGGCAGCUUCCAGUAAUUCCUCUUGAGUGUGCAAUGCGCAAAGCUGUUGGGUUUCACCCUUCGCAUUGGAGUUGCACCCCCUACCCCACCCCUUUGUUUUCAAUUAUUUCUUUUUAUUCAGAACAAAGUAAAAUUAGUAACUACCCAGAACUGCUUGAUUUUUAUAAACUCAGUUAACUUGUUUGUUAAUGAAAUAAUGAGUUCAAAGCAUGAAGUAAAGCUUCGAAAAUCAACUAACUUCCCUAUAUUAGAAUGGAAAAUGCAUUCCCUACUUGCUAGUGGCAUUUUGGAAUAGGCUAUGGAAAUACUUUCUGAGCGGGAUGGUGUGGUAAUGCUUUAACCCUGGAGCACUGUAUGUCUGAGCCUGUGUGGCGAAUUACAGAGAAUUCACGAACCCUGAGCCCGGGGGUCCCAACCCUUACUCCCUACCAGGAAAAGUGGGUUGUGUUUCUGCCGUGUGUGUCCGUGUGUAAGGCAGGCUGUUUUGCUGCUGACGUGACGCUCAACUUUUGACGAGGCAAUAAUAGAGUAUAAAUAAAUGAAAUAAUCAGCCAGGUUAGGACACUGCCUUGAAUUGCCUGUUUACUUGAGUACCAGAACCCUCUAAAGACUUUUUGUGUGCCCCUCACAGUUCUCCGGGCCGCUCCUUUGGAAGGGGAAGAGAGAUCUUCAUGUGGUUUUUACUUGGCUGUUCUGCACAGUAGAAGUUCAGGUGUUUAAUUUUAGAACAUGAAGUGCCUGCUGUUUGCGUUAACAAAAUUGCAUGUCUCACUCCAGUGGGUUUAUUGGUCUCCCUCCCUCCCCCACCUUUCUAGCUACAUGGCUUUUAAUCAUGUAAAGUGGAGACAUUAGUUUUGCUGCGUUUUAUUACAAAACCUUUGUUGCAAUAAAGAUGCUGCUAAAUAAAUUGAAUUAAAUGGUUUUUUUCCCCC